UAAGUAUCCAUAUAUAUCAAAUUAAAGAGAUAGCUUCUUGAUUCGAGACUGGAAAACGUGUUUGCAUUGCAGUGUUCUGCUCAGUUUGCUUUGUGGUUUCUUGAGACGCUGGAUGUCUAACGACUCGGUCAAUCUCCAGAAAUUCGCCGUUUUUAUCAAAAAUACGACCAACGACCGACUCUCGAUUCUACGAGAAGAAACGACGCGUAAAGUUUAAAGUGUGUUAAAGUUCUAAUAAAAUCGUGAGAAAGUGCUUAAGCAACAGAUCUUUACUACCAAGAGUAAGAGCGCUUUUUACUCUCAACUUGAGUCGACGAAUGUCAAGAAAAGCAAGUUAAAUCACUCAAAAUCUAACCUCAAAAUCCAACUCCAAAAAUUUACGUCCUAAAAAAGUGGCUUUCCCUUUCUGAAGGGCGAUUUUGUUUAGAUUUAACGGAGAUCGAAAUCGGUUUCCAAACUAAGCACAUCUGGUCCAAAAUCCGAAUGUGAAAAAUUAAGUGGGGAUAAUUAACAGAUAGUUUGUGAAAGUUGAGAAACGUUUGGCGAGGUGGGAGGUGGAAGAGUCCCUGAUUCCUGGCAUUGUGAGCAGGAAAGCGGAAAGCCCUCAUCUGAAGCGACAGUGCACGUGUCAGUUAGUCAAAAUGUGGCAGCAGACGAAGUCGAGCAUCGACUCCGACGUUGAUAAAAAUUCCCAGCAGGAUUUAGUGGAUUCUGGAUUUAUUUCGGGAGCUAUUUUGACGAGCGAGUUGCUUAGCUCAGAGGUUAGUUCCGAGCUCGACUCCAAUAAUCAACCUUGUGAGCCUACUCCAGACGUCGCUCCGGAACCGAUGAGAGCCCCUGAUAGUGGCGUGGAUCUCGGGCUCAGCGAGAGCCUCAGCCAGCUCUCCCUGAAACACGACACACUCAAUUCGUUGAAUAAGGUUCAUACCGAACCUACCAAGUUAACCCCGGUCAGUGCAAAGGUUGUCAAUCACAGUGUCAAGACCUCCCUUGUCGAUCCUGAGGAUACAAAUCAAGUUCAGUACGUUCCUCAAGAACCCUGGGAAAUUUAUUAUACACAAGACGACGACGGUGACACACAAUUACAUAUCGCCGUGGUCCAAGGAUUUGUAGAAGCAGCUAUUUGUCUCGUGAACAUGGCUCCACAUCCCUGUCUUUAUGACAUUUUGAACGAUCAAGGGCAUACGGCCCUUCACCUGUCUGUGUUAACACAGCAACCAAGAGUCACGAGGUAUUUGAUCCUGGCUGGCGCAAAUCCCGCGGCAAGAAACGUAAGGGGAAAUACGGCCCUUCACCUCGCAUGUGCUUGUGGAGAUCUUGCCUGUGCAAAGGCUCUCACAGAUCCACUUUCUCCAGGAGAAAGAAAUCUCUUUCCACCUGGAAAACUCGUCCCAGCUCUUCCGCAAAACUUGGAGCAGAGAAAUUAUAACGGUGAAAUGUGUAUUCACAUAGCAGCCGCUGGUAAUCAUGUGGAACUGGUGAAGCUUUUACUUCGUCUUGGUGCCGAUUUGGACGGAAGAGAAGGACUUGCCGGAAGAACAGCGUUGCACUUAUCAGUCGAGUAUCGCGCUAAAUCCGUUUUGAACUUCUUACUGAAGGAGUGUAGGCCACAUUUGGAUGUAACCAAUUAUGCUGGCAUUACCGCUUACCAAAUUGCCCUCUGCGUGGACAAUCAAAUGGCCAUGGACCUCGCAAAUUCAGGCGCCAAUACGGAGCCACUAUCAGAGACUGACGAAUCAGGAAGCGAAGAUUCCGAGAGCGAGGAAGACGAGACUUUCCCACACCAAUUAUCAUCACGAUUCAGCAAGACCAGCAUAUCCGCUGUUACAAGAAACAAUCACGAAGUUAUGGACAAAGUGACGGAAUUGAAGGACAAGGGAAACAAGGCCUUGCAGGAAGGAAAAUUUGACGAGGCGAUCAAGUUUUAUACCGAGGGAAUCACUGUUGACCCCACAAACCAUGUUCUCUACAGCAAUAGGUCAGCAGCGUAUGCCAAGUCAGGAAAAUACAACCAGGCUCUCGAUGACGCUGAAAAGACUGUUUCCCUCCAACCCGACUGGCCUAAAGGUUAUUCGCGAAAAGGAAGUGCCUUGGCCUAUUUGGGCGACAUAGAAGAAUCCAUCAAAGCCUACGAAAAAGGCUUGCAGCUCGACCCCACAAACGCCCAAAUCAGAGAAAGUCUCGCUGAUCUUCGAGCCCAACAACAUGCGCCUUCGAUGUCAAACCCUUUCAACACCCCCGACCUCUUCGUUAAACUUAGGAACGAUCCUCGAACCAGAGCCUACCUCGAUGACCCUGAAUACUUGAAACUCAUCCAAGAGAUCCGUUCAAAUCCAAAACUCCUAGGAAUGAAAUUGCAAGACAAUAGAGUAAUGACGACCCUCGGGGUUCUUUUUGGAAUGAACAUGGACAUGGAAGAACCCAUGGACACCGAUCCACCGAAGAAGGAAGAACCUCCAAAGCCGAAAGAGCAGCCGAAACCUAAGGAAGAAGAUAAUCUCCCUCCCGAGAAGAAGCAGGCGCUCCAGGAAAAGAAUCUUGGAAACGAGGCCUACAAGAAGAAGAACUUCGAUGUCGCACUUGAACAUUACAACAAAGCCGUUGAACUCAAUCCGACGGAAAUCACAUUUCUACUAAACAUUGCCGCCGUCUACUUCGAACAAAAAGAGUACGAGAAGUGCAUAGAGCAGUGCGAGAAGGCGAUCGAGAUUGGUCGCGAGAACAGGGCGGACUUCAAACUCAUCGCCAAGGCCUUCACGAGAAUCGGCCACGCGCAUAAAAAAUUGAAUAAUUGGAAGCAGGCGAAGGUUUAUUACGAGAAGUCAAUGUCGGAACACAGAACGCCGGAGAUUCGAAGUUUGCUUUCUGAUAUAGAGAAGAUUAUCAAGGAGGAGGAGAGAAAAGCCUAUGUUGAUCCGCAGAAGGCUGAGGAGGAGAAGGAACUAGGAAAUGAGAAGUUCAAGAUUGGUGAUUAUGCAUCGGCAGUGAAACAUUACACGGAAGCCAUUUUAAGAAAUCCGGACGAUCCGAAAUAUUAUAGUAAUAGAGCGGCUUGUUAUACGAAAUUGGCUGCAUUUGAUUUAGGACUGAAGGACUGCGAGAAGUGUGUGGAGAUAGAUCCUAAAUUUAUCAAGGGAUGGAUCAGGAAAGGAAAGAUUUUGCAGGGUAUGCAGCAACAGGGAAAAGCGUUGGCAGCUUAUCAGAAGGCGUUGGAUCUGGAUCCAAGCAAUAGUGAGGCUUUGGACGGAUAUCGUUCGUGUUCAGUGGCAGUUAGUUCCAAUCCUGAGGAAGUCAGGAAGCGAGCCAUGGCUGAUCCGGAGGUGCAGAGUAUAUUGCGAGAUCCGGCCAUGAGAUUGAUUUUGGAACAGAUGCAGAGCGAUCCUAAAGCAUUGCAAGAUCACCUUAAAAAUCCAGAUAUUGCAGCGAAACUACAAAAACUCCUCGAAUCCGGUCUGGUUGCAAUUCACUGAGGCGAAAUCCAUUUUUCUACUGUGUAUAGCUCAAGUGCAAAGUUUUGUUAUCGUCAAUUUCUUUCGACGUUAAAAUUUCCUCAUGUUUCUUUUUAUUUUGUAACGAUACUGAUUUAGCGAGAACCGAAUUACCAGUUUUUAAUAAAAACAAAAAAAAAUAGUCAUCACCCGAAGCACACGUAAAUCCGUUUGAUCUAUUAAACCUAAUGGUAAAAGUAAUAAUAAAGUAUCUUUAUUAAAUAUAAAAUUGAACGAGUUUGGAUUUAUAAUCAAUUAUACAGUUAUAUAGACGCUACUCGUUCAUUAAAAAAAUAUUAUUUUUAAGGCUUCGAAGUCGUAGAAUUUCAGUAUGUAAUUAUAAUUAAUAACUGCUGAAUUAUGUUCGAAGUAUGCCAUAGGUCUUAAAAUUGAAUUAAGCGAUGCAAAAACUAUAAUAAAAUCACCAUUCGCUUUUUAUUAAUAGCCUUCGACUGUCACGAGAUUUUGUAUACAAACUUUUGAUAAAAGAAUUCUUUUCUCUUAAAUUGAUUUACUUUUUGAUAUAAGAAACGCCUUAAACCAUUUGGCAAGAUCUUCGGAUCUGUUAGAAAUCCAAUUUUAAAUCUUUGUCCUUCGUCCAGACAAUAUAUAAAAUCUAAAUGAAAGAGUAUUUUUUCAAUUUAAGAGAAGGCGAUUCAAACAAAUUCUAAAGGCUUAUAAAUGAUAGUAUUUAAAGUUUGUAUGUAUGUAUGUGCUUUUUAUUCAUGAUAUUAGACUAACUCUUGAAGGCAAUUGCAUCGAAUUUAUCUCGGACCCACAUUCCUUUGUCCAUAUAUUUUUCCCCUGAAUGCUAAAAAAUAAAGUUGAACAUUAGCAUU